GCAGAUCUGGCCUCCCACUCGUGGUGGCUGGUUCGGCGCGAGGCUAGUACGCUACUAUUCCACCAGUCUACAGCGAACGUUCGUUGGUGUUCUUUCAAAACGCGAAGCGGCAAAGAGAAAAAAAAAUAAACAGACAAAACAUUACAAGUAACAAAGAUAAAUGAAAACAUCAUCAUAACACUAAUAAAAAUCUCGAGCACGUACAAAUAGCAGUGACAAAUUAUUUAUGAGGAAGUUAAUCUAAAGUUUGAGGAACGCAAUAGUUUUGGUGUUUUGUGUAAAGCGUUGUGUUUUUUUUCAUAAGUUUUAAAUGUGAGAUCAUCCAAAAAGUUUAAUGAAGCAAAUUAUCAUCUAGCCGAUGAGGAUUUGAUGCCGCCAGCGAAUAAGGCUGGACCCACCGGUUUCGCAAACACAAUACCAAAUGGAGAACAAAAAGCCGGUGCCGGCAACCCAGCAGCCGCUUACUCAGCAACACCUCAUGGCUCACCAUGUGCACCCAGACCAGAUCUACGCUUCGCAGAACACACAACUCGCCGCGCACCUUACAUCUGCGCAGGCCGGACAAAUCCAACCUAAUGGCGUAAUGCACCAGCUACUACAAAGCCAAUACCACUCCAACAUGAACGCGCGAUCGCCGCUACUAGAAAAUAGACACGAAUUAUACGGCACUGGACACAAUCACGAUUACGGCAGGCAUUAUGGAGCUAAUGACAAUUACAAUUACCCGCAGUCUCCGCCCAGAGUGGAACGAAACGAAAUGCACACAGACCACAAUGUGAAUCACGAACUCCUGCAAAACAUACCGAAGGGGUACAACGCGGAAGUGUACCAGGAUUAUUUGAAACGUAACCCACCGAGAGAUACCAAUCAAAUAUACCAAAAUCACCAGACCACAUAUAGACCUAAUGUAAACCAAUACGGGAGUAAGCCAUAUUUACCGUACUCUAAUAGGAUAGGGCCACAGAGCAACACAGAAUUGUUAAGGAGACAGUACAAUGAAAUCCAACAAAUGAAACUGCAACAGCAACUACAUUAUCAAAAUCAGGCGCAAAUGCAUCAACAGCAGAAGUUUGCUGAAAGACAAUUAUUAUUACAGCAAAUUCACGGUGUCCAACCACCGCCGAACUUACAGAACAGUAUAUAUUCAGACAGUUCCUACAGAGACUUAGACCGAUAUAGUAGCAAAAACGAUUUUAAAGAGUACAGUAGUCCAGACAUUCACAAAGAUUUUGAUAGGUACGCAAAGAAUAAUGAAUACAGAGACAUGGAGAAGCAGAAUAGACAAUACAUAGAAACUCAAUGGCAAUCUGAUCAAAUGGAUUUCAGAGAAGUUGAGAGGCAAAGACGACAAUCGGAAGGGGAGAAAGGAAAUUGUCAAUCGCCACCUUCGGAAUUGAACAACCAAGGUCAGAAGAGUGGUAACGUUGGAGUAGUAUCACCGAUGAAAUCUAGUGAAUCGAGUACACCCAGCGUUAAGUCGCCCUCUUCUGAAAGUCGAAGAAGUAGCGGAGGGAAUCAAGCUUUAAGGUCACCAAUUGCUCAAAGAAUACCGUCGGCUCCCGUCACGAUGGCUGGUAUACUUUACAAACAGGGUUCGGAUGGUCUGAAGGUCUGGAGGAAGAGAUGGUUCGUACUAUCGGAAUACUGUCUGUUCUACUACAAAAGCCAAGACGAGGAGAAGCUGUUAGGAUCAGUAUUGUUACCUUCCUACAAGGUUUCAGCGUGCACUAAUGAAGACAAGGUGCUGAGAAAGUUCUCCUUCAAGCUGGAACACGCAAACAUGCGCACUUACAUAUUGGCGGCGCCAGACCAGGAGUCCAUGUUAAAAUGGGUCAAGGCGCUAACCAUGGCUGCGUUAAUGCAGAGCCCAAGUGACAUUCAGCAAAAGCAGAACGAGAGAACAGCUGCGAAAACAGAGGAUGGUGAUGAUGUCCCGACUUAUGCUAAUGCCCCACCGAAACCGAGGAGAUCUAACGAGGGAUAUAAUUCUCCUAGUCCAAAUAUGUACGAUCCGAAUUAUGAUCUACUCAAAAAGCCAGCAUCACAUUACAGUCAAGGCACCAGUCACACUAGAUACCAGGAUCACACCAACUACGGGACAAGCCCUCAGGAUAGUACAUACAUACGCAGCCCACAGUCACCACCGCCACAACAACCCUCGCAGUACCAAACAAAACGAACCUACGACAGCCACAAUCUCUCCUUACCACUCACUAACACGACUGAUCGACACGACAAUAGCCAACCAAGUACCUCAAACCACUACAAGCCUAAUCCACAGUCGCCUUACUUUGAUAAUAGGAUCAGAGGUCAGCAGCAAGCGCAACAAAUGCCGCAGGAAAAUGUACAAGAGCAAAUUUACGAUCGACAGCCGCAACAAAAUCCGUUUUUGCAAGACAACACCUCUCAACUGGAAACACCGCUCAAAGAAAAUGACCAUCAAAGUCUAAACAAUCGAACAACAUUAGAACAAGAAAAAUCCCCGCAAAAUUAUGAAAUUUAUGACACACGUCCCAAUCAAAAGUCAAAUACGGACCCGAAUGCGUAUAAUAGGGAUGUUUAUGGAGAAUUGAAUUUAAGAAGCAACAGGGCUCAAGGUGGUGUUAACGAGCGGCUGUUGAUCGAGAGGCGAACUCCAGAUGCAUAUGGUAGGUCUACCACUUUGGCUGCAUACGACAGUAACAAAGGAAAAGUUGGCGAUUAUGAGGAUGUUUACGGAACUUAUGCAAAAUCUCCAAUCACUCCACAGUCGAGUCAACAGCAAUCACAAGAUUAUGCAGGAAAUUAUCCACAGGAGAAGACAUUUAGCGGCCCAUCGGUUCUGAGAAGAAAAAAAAUGCAAUCUAGCGGUGUCAAUCCUCCAAUGCCAAGGCCACAUAGUGCAGAUUUUCUAGAAUACGAGUCUAAGAAUGAAAUACUGAACAAAACGAUGCCAACUCGAGCAACGUGCGACCCGCCGAAACAACCGCAGCGACCCAAAUCUAGUCUAGAUAUAAAUUCGUAUUACGACCCCAGCUCAGAUAGAUACUAUUCUGAGGAGAGUUACGCUGAGAAGAUGCGCCAAUCUGCACAAUAUUUACAACAAGGAAUGGGUCCUCGUAACAUUCAAAUCCCACUAGCGAAAUACGCGAGCGGCUUAGCCGAAAAACAGUUGAGUACAGCAUAUUCUCAAAUGUCAAACAACAAUUUCGAUACCGAUUUAGGUCAGAAUAGAACAUCUCGCGAAAAUUUGAACUAUGGUACAAAGUAUGGGGAUAUAGAAGGGCUCAAUUCGAAUUGGACAUUGAAAGAAAAGAGCCUUGAAAACCAAAAAGAUUUCCUUUACAGAAGCGGUAGUGUUAUGAGUGACGGUUCAAACGUAAGUGCUUAUACAAAGGAAAUGAGUCGACUCGAUCCUUCGGGUGAAGGUUUUAUGAGAUCUGCAAGUGCCAGAUUACCAUCUACAGCCACAGAAAAGGAGGGCGAUAAGAAAGUUCAGCAGCGAGAAGAAUCGAUGAAACGUUUACUAGAAUGGAAGCAGAGAAUGCUACAGUCUCCUUUGACUAGGAAAAGUACGCCGGCGACUAUAUCUUUGGCUCGAUCUCUGAAUCAAAGUCGUCAAUCGCUGAGGUCAGACCAAUAUAAAUCUAAGACGUACACAAACGCUUCUUACAACAGCUACUCUUCAGACGAUGAAGCUUCUAUGACAAUGUCAGGUACCAACGUAGAUCCCAGCUCAAACAAUAAUUCGAUAAAUCAGCAAGCAUUGUCAAAGAAAGCUUUUCUCGGAAGUAAUACGUCAAUCGGUAGAAAUAACAGAGAUUCAAAUAUACCAGUACGCGCCGUAAGUCCCAGAGUUAGAUGGGUAGAAGACAAAUCACCUAAUGAUACUUAUGGAUCGCAACAGAUGUCAACAUCCCAGCAAAACUUACACACACUCACAACUACAGAGGACUCCUGGGCAACCGCUCGGUCGCCAUCUCGUGCUUCACAGCAACCAAUCAGAGCAGUCAGCCCGCGAGUCCGAAGGAACACGGAAAACGACGACUUGCAAAGGGAAGGCCAGCGGCCGAGUCAGAUCGACCAUUUGGGGGAAGUCCCCACUGCUGGAGAGCUCUUGGGUCGCACUCACGAAGAGUUGGUGCUUCUUUUGAUCCAACUGAGGAGACGGCAUGCGGCUACCCAUCGCGCCAUUGAACAGUGCCGCGCGCAGAUUAAUAGUAUAGAGGAUAACCUCAGUUCCCUGAAAGCGAUGGAACGCGAAGAGAACUUGCAACGGUUAGACCAACUAAGGAUGCAGUUGAUGGAACUAGAACACCAGUACGAGAAGAGUAAGCCUUUAGUGCAACUGGUGGACAAUAUGGUGAAGCUUGGCUCCUUGUAUAAUAGACCGGGUUCGACGGUGGAGCGCUUAGAGAGAAACCAAAGAUUGCGGCAGAAAGUCCUCGCGGAACACGCUUUGGAGCAACAGAGGUGGUUAGAAAGUGCUGCAGCUGGGAAACCGCUAGAAACUGAAGCAGCAAGAGCAAGAGUGGCAGAACUGUGGGCAUUGGAACAAGAGCUGGCAGAUGAAGCUGCUAUACUGCAGGGGCUGAAGACUGAUAAGGACGCCAUCGAGUCUCUGCUUACUGGGGUUCGCAGUAAACUGGACACUGUCCCUCGAGACCCACCACCUCGACCUACACCUUCAGGACUAGAGGCGGAGCUGGCGCGAGUCCACGCGAUGCUGGCGCACAAUUCUAAGAAACUGGAGCAGACUGUGGCGGAUAACGCUCGAUUAGAGCGGGAGUUACAGCAGUUACGGCGAGCGCUGCAAGCUCGCCGCGCCGCUGCGCCCGCGCAUCCUACGGCAAUGUUGGAAGACGAGGUAUCCCGAGUACAGCACCUAGUAACGGCGUUGCAGCGACAACGGCAAGAGUUGAGUCGCGCUGUAAGACUGCUGACUCAGCAAUCUCACGCGUUACAGAAUACUCAUGACUCAAUGCCAGGGAAACGUAGACCGCAAACGUCUUCUUGGCAAGAGACGAACUUGGACACGGGUCUAACCAUAGACCACGGUCAGUCAGAAUACGAUUAUGACGUCGCAAGUCCGUUGAUGCCGCCCGGUCAUUACGACCCGCGCAGCGUGGAGACGCCUCUAUACGUGGACACGAGGGGAGGGGGGCGUGACGUCACAUCCCCACUUACCAGCGAGGAGAUGCAGCAUUCAGGGUUCGGUAAUCUAUCAAAUGUGGAAAAGCAGGAGAUCAAGACGGUCCGUAUCGUGAAAAGAGAGAGCGAGAGGAGACAGAGAGACAGAGAACGCUCGUUACAACCGAUGUCCGAUUGGCCGAGCAACAACAUUACUGCGAACCUGGACCAGUUCAUAGAAGAAGAACUAGUUCAAUCACUGAACUAUACCCGCGCCUCUUCUGUCCCAAGGAACGAUUACAAAAGAUACGAUGAUUACUACACGAAACCUCAGCCUGAACCGCCUAACUAUUUACGCUUGAACGAAACCAAUAUGGAGCUGAGUCCCAAGUUCCCUUCCAGCCCUUCUCUAUCCAACUACGAUUAUUCGCAGAACGUUUCCUCAUUGAACAGCAGUUACCACAAGAGUUACGACAAGAGUUAUGACAAGAGUUACGACAAGUCUCUCUACGAUAGAUCCUUGUCCACUCAGUACUUAAACAGUCCUACUGAUAGUUCUCGGACUUUGACUAAUGAUCCUCUAUCGAAGACUAGCAGCGUCGUAAGCUUGACCAGGUCUCAUAUGGAAUUGUCGCCUAUAUUCAAAAGCGAGGCGGCGAAGCAGAUAAUUACUGAAAUGUCUGGGGAGCCUAAAAGCGGCUCGCUGCAUAGAAGACAAGUGCCGAAGGAGAAGAGAAGACAUUAUACUGCGCCGCAUCAUCUCAGCGCGAAGACUUUGAACGAGCUGCCGAAAGAUGGAUAUAAUCAGGAUAAGAUAGCGAGGUCCCUCGACGACGCUGACAUGGAACGCGCAUUACGAGCGCCGGACGUGGUCCGCUCGUCGCUUCCCGCGCCCGCUCACGCUCACGCUCACUCGUCCGCCACCGCUCACGCUCACGCCACCGCCGGCGCGCCCGCUCACCGCCUCGUCGAUAACACUAUAGACCAAUUGCUCGCCGCGCCGCAGAAGAUAUUGAUUCCGGAGCGGUACAUACCCGAGAAGCCUCCAGAACUGUCUCCUGAGGAACAACAAAAGCGUCAAGAAAAAGUGGAGUCUAUCAAAAAAAUGCUUACCAGCACAUCCAACGAUCCAACUAAGAGUCCGGACGGUCCAGAGAAGAGGCAGCGGGAACACUUACUGCAGAUGAACCAGAUCCUAGCCAAGCAAGUCACGGAAAUGAGCAAAAUCAUCGCUGUGAAAGCUUUGGAAGAGCUGCCUCUGAACAACGGAAGCCACGACCCCGACGACCGAUCGCCUGACAUUGAACUCCCGAUUUACCAACAACGAGACAAUUUCUUUACAUAAUCAAAUCUACUAAAUGAAAAUUACUUUUUAAUGAAUGUCAAAGAAGACCCUAAAUUGCCUAAAUGACGAAUAUCUGACUGUCACCACUAACAAGUCUUUCUACCACCCUACCCUUUCUUUAAGGGAAAGGUAAUAAAAAAAAAUACCAAUAUAAAUGUUCGAUCCUUCCAAAAUUUUAAUUGGCAUUUAUUUUCACGCGAUUAUAUAGCGAUGAUAAAUAAUUUCAAGUCAAGUGUGAUAUUCGAAUUUCCAAUCACUUCUUGCCUGACUUGUAUUUUAUCCUUGACGAACCAACUAAUACUGUACUCCCUAAUAAAUACUGCCUCUUAUAUUUAUAUAUGUUUUCUUAUAAACAAAAUAACAAUCUUCGAAUAAUCAAAUGAAAUGUUUGUACUAUACAGAACUUUAGCACUGAACGUUUUAGAAGUAUAAGAGCUUGAUGUUUAGGGCACUUUUUGCUGAUUCAAUGUUGAUAUUAUUAUACGUAUCCUCUUUGAUUAGAUCGCGAAUAUUUCGCAAUUGUAUUGGAUUUACUCCUUGGCAAAUACUGUUAUUACCUUAUGGAUAGAAUUCUAAAUGGACAUCAAGUUUUGCGGGCUUUAAUAUAUUAUAAGCUAAAGUAGUAUGUUCAAUUACUAGUAAAUAUGAGACUUGAUGAAAAUAUAUAUUAGAUACUAUAUAUAUAAUUGACUCUGUAGGUCAUGCUUUUAUAUUAGACAGUGGUUUUAUAUAUUGCCACUCAGAUCUAACGAAGUUGCUCAUUUGUCUUUGAUAAAUUUAGCAUUCACAAUGAUAGAGAAAUAGCUAUUAAUAAUUUAUAUCAAGGAUAGAAUAAAGCAGAUGGUGACAAAAAUGGAUUUGAAACUGCUAACUUUGUUAUACAGGCGUCUGUUGGUUGGUAAAUAUCUUUAAUAUAAAUCAUUAUUGCUCACAAACACUAAUAAAAACCUAUAACGACUGAAAUGCAUGCAAUGCUUAAACAAACUUUAAUUCCUAGUGAAACUUGACACUUAUACUAAUUAUAAUUUGAUUGCUAAUUUAAUAGUACUUUAACGAAAUACAAGUUUUACGUAUUCACUAAGGAUUAUUAAUUUUUCAGAUUGAGAAAUGAUAAAAUAUUUAGCCAUGUUUUUAAUUUGGAAAAAUGUUAUGAUAUCACCUAUCAUAAAUUCACGAUAGGCCAUUUUAAUUAAUUAUUUACCUAUAAAUUUCACGUAAAAGAUGCUUUUGAAAUCAACAUGAUGCUAGCUUAGAUUACAGGGUUUUUUCUUGGGUAAACAGCAUUAUUGCCAGUAACUCUUUUGUGUAAUUCUAAACAAAUAAAGGUCAAAAAAUAACAGAAAUCCUAUCAAAUAUACCUAAACAAUUUAUUAAACUGCGAGUCCGUAAAUUUGAUUUUCCAUCGUUUUCCAAGUUCAUUAGUCUAACGGACCGCGAGAAUCGAAUUUGUCUAGCGAGCUAUCAAAAUCGUGCUCUGUAACGUUGUCCUUAGUAGCGGCCUUGAGGAUCACGUGAAUACACAACGUAAUUAAUAAACGUUCUAAUAUAAUUGAUUCUUCGAAAUUGAAUUAGGUCCUCUCAAAUCCAAUCAUUGACGUCCUUUUGGUACAAUGGUAGCAUAAGCCUAAUGGUGCAAAGGUUCGAAUCUUUCAUGCAUUAUGUCGUAAUCCUUUGUUGGGUUGUAAUGGCCCGUACUCACAUACAGUAAUACUCUAUCAUAUCUCCCUAAUUAAUAAACGAAGAAUAAGCUUGUAUUGUUUAUUGGGUUGAUGAUGAUGAUGAUGAAGCUUGAAUAAGUUACUCCAUGUUUUGUCUCUGUUCGUUGAAUGACAAAUGGCAUUUGAGUGAUAUGAACAAAACACGGCGUACCUAAUCUAAGCUUAUUCCCCGUUUAUGAAAAAGAGGGAAUAGGUUUACUCUAAAGCGAGUAGAAGACAACGCAUCGCAGUUUACGAAUAAGAAAAAAGAAAUGAUGUCCACACGUUGAUUUCACUCACGUUAGAUUAAAAUUAGCGAAUAAUGCCAUAGCGACAGUAAAAAGAAAUCCUGCAGCCCACAAAAUACGAAAUGUUCACCAGAAC